AUGGGAGAUUCAGCUAUCCACGCGUUGGCGGGCUCAGUUGGAGGUUGUGUUUCCAUGGUGUGUUUACAUUUCGCCCCUCUCGUCAACCUCUCGACCAGGGCUGCGGUGCAGACCAAGAAGGAGAAUGUGACCAUCCCCGAGGCUAUCGCCCGUACCAUCAAGACCGAGGGCAUCUCUGGUCUGUACUCUGGACUCAGCAGCAGUCUCUUCGGUAUCGCCGUGACCAACGGUGUCUACUAUGCCUUCUAUGAGGAAGCCCGCUCCUUCCUCAUCCGUCGCCGCAAGACAGGCACCAACCUCUCCGCACUCUCCACCUCGGAAGGCAUCCUCGCGGGCUUGGUGGCUGGAUCCAUCACCACCCUCCUCACCAACCCCAUCUGGACGGUCCAGACCGCCCAGUCUACCAAGGCCGUCGCGACCACCCCGACCGCCGCCGGCGCACCCGUCGCGGGUGACGCGGCCCCGGUGAAGAAGACCAAGCUGUCUGCGAGCCAGGCAGUCAGGGAAAUCAUGAAGCAGGAUGGGCUGAAGGGGUUCUGGAGAGGGAUUGGGCCGGCUUUAAUUCUGGUCAUCAACCCCGUUAUCCAGUACACCACAUUCGAGCGCCUCGUGGCCGUGCUCCUCGCGUACAGACUCAAGCGCUUCGGAUCCGCCCCGACGACCAAGCAGCAGCUCUCCCUCGGCCGCAGCUCUCUGUCCGACUGGGACAUGUUCUUCCUCGGCGCUUUGAGUAAGCUGGCCGCGACCGGGACUACCUACCCAUACAUUGUCGUUAAGAGUCGCUUGCAAGCCGCUACUCAUAAGUACAACUCGUCCAUCCGCGCGGUGCUCGACAUUCUCCAGAAGGAGGGUCUCGGCGGCCUCUACGCUGGACUCGCUCCCAAGCUCAUCCAGUCAUGUCUGACCGCGAGUAUCCUGUUUUUGGCCCAGCGUCGUAUCUUCGAGGCGGUCAAGAAGGUACGCUGA